GUUGGCAUGGAAGGACCUGACUCUGAGCAGGUAUGUGGGAUUGCAAGAAGCAGAGGACGAUGCUAGAAAUGACGUGGUAGUCCGCAGAAAGGGGGAUGAGAAUAUGGGGAGGUAUAGCACGGGUCGCAAGGACCUGCUCUACACUUCGCUUUAG